AUGAAACUCUUUAUCCACAAUGAAAAUGAUGAUAGUCUUCUCCAAUCAGACGUCAACCGUUGCUUAGCAUUUAGAGGGGAUAACGAAAUAAUUGGUUCACCGAAAAAUGGCAAUUAUCUUGGAGUUCUUGAAUUAGUGGCGGAGUUUGAUCCAUUUCUUUCGACGCAUAUAAAAGAUCAUGCGAAUAAAAAAAGUGGUCACAUAAAUUAUCUAUCAUCAACUAUUUGUGAAGAAUUAAUUGAUCUUAUGGCUAAAGAAGUAUUAAGCGAAAUAAUUACAACAAUUAAAAAAUCAAAAUAUUUUUCUGUAUCUGUAGAUUCUACUCCCGAUGAAGCACAUAUAGAUCAAUUGACUAUAGUAUUAUGCUACAUAGAAGGAAUUAAUCCAGUAGAAAGAUUCUUAACAUUUGUACCAAAUUGUGGUCACACUGGCAUUGAAAUGGCAAAUACUCUCAUAACAUUUUUGGACCAUCAUAAAAUUGAAUUGAAUGACUGCCGUGGUCAGUCAUAUGAUAAUGCGGCAAACAUGAGUGGCAAGUAUCAAGGAAUGCAAGCCUUAAUUAAAAAUAAAAAUCAAUUGGCAGAAUUUAUUCCAUGUUGGGGUCAUUCUUUAAAUUUAGUUGGGAAAACAGCAGCCAACUCAUGUGUUGCAGCUAUUCGAUUCUUUGAUUUUAUACAAACCCUUUACAAUUUGAAUGAAACUCGUUGGUCAUGUCGGGCAGACGCAACAAAAGCUGUUGUAUUUGGUUAUGAUUAUAUAAAAGAAGCUUUGGUAGAAAUUUCAAACGAUCUUGAUCAAAAAGACAUUGUUAAAAUCCAAUCUAAAAAACUUUAUGAAUCAAUGUGUCAACUUGAAGUGGCAUUUUAUGCAAUUUUUCGGAAUGAUAUUUUAGAGAGGUUCGAUUCAACAAAUCAUAUUUUACAAGACCCAAAAAUAGUUCUUCAAACUGCUGUAAAUGCUCUUAAUUCUCUUUUAUCAUUUGUUCGAGAAAUACGAAAUAAAUAUGAAGAAUACGAAGAAAAGGCAAAAGACAUGUCAGGAUUAAAAGAUUAUGCGCCAAUUCAAAAUCGGAAAAAAAAUUUAUCACCAAGAGAAAAAAUCAGAUCAGAAAGCUUCAUAUCAGUAAUUGUUCAAUUGACAGUAUCAUUAACCGAAAGAAUAGCUGCUUACGAAACAAUUCGUCAACGUUUUGGUUUUUUAAAUACAUUUGAAAAAUUAGAAACUUCUGAGCUACAAUCUGCUGCAAAUUAUCUUGUUAGCAUUUACCCCAAUGAUUUAGAAUCUUCACUUGCUCAUCCGACUUCUAUUCCCUAA